AUGGAGGAUUCGGAAAAGCGAGACUAUGCAAUUCUCAAAAGUAUUUACUGGAAGCCUCGGCCAUGGAAGGUUCAUCGACCAUGUGCAAUUUCUCUAGAAAGUGCUGUCCGCACUUUGAAAGCCCUUAAUGCCUCUAAGAUCUUUGAAAGUCAGGUAAAGGCAAAGAAGACAAGAAAGACAAGGUCGGGCAAGAAAGAAUACAUAUUUCCUUUCUUGAGAAGGAAUCUAGUUCUUUGUGUGGAUGCAUGGGCAGAGUAUGAGGCUCGUACGCUACAAUAUUAUGAACGCCGCCGCCAAAAAUCUCGUAAAACGGAUGAAGCUGCUCUUCGUCCAACAUGUUCAGCCAAUCAACCUGUUGGUAGGUCAUUUUUUUGUUUAACGUUUUAAUGUAUGAUUUUUAGUUGAAGAAAAUGAAUCGUUUCAUGGUUUAUCGGAUGUAGAGAAGGAGAAUGAAGAUUUACGAGUAAGUAUAACGUUUUUUUUCCCAAUUCAUAGUUUUAGAGCGAUGUGUCAGGGCCAACAACGUCUACUGCAUUAAAGCGAUGGCCAAAUACUAUUGUUCUAGAUUCAACAAUUGUAGAUACUCCCAAAGCGAGUUCUUCGUUCGAUCGAGUGAGGUCUCUCCCUCUGGUCGACUGUUCUCCAAUCAUAAGAGAGGUAGAGGAAGAUGAGAUGAGCGUAGUGACGUCGUCGAGUCUUCCCCUGACAUCGACCCCGGCGUUUGUCCCGGCUCGAACUCCAAUGUUACUCAAAAACUUACGAAUGGAUGCGGCGAAGAAACGAAAAAACCCUGGCAGGACUCCUCCAAAACGUCCAAAGAGAGCUAAAUUGUUUCCUUAA